AUGGUGAACGAGAAGCACGACGGCGCCCUGCUUGUGCAGCUGGGGCCCAGGCUGCAGGCCCGCCCGGAGGAGCUGCUGCGGCAGCGGCGAGGCCGCGACGGCCGCCCGGAAUACCUGGUGCGGUGGAGCGUGCUCAGCUCGGAGGAGAGAGCGGCGGGAGGCGGCGGCGGCCGCUCCGCAGAGAGCGAGGCCGAGGAGAUCUCCCUGUGGAUGUCCGCGGAGGAGGUCCGCGCCGGCUGCCCCGCGCUGCCGGGCCGGAGGAGGCCGGAGGGGCCGCGGCCGGGAGAGGAGGAGGCGCCGGACGAGGCCUCGCUGCGGGAGAUGCGGGCCGACGUCCGGAGCCUGGUGCGGCGAGCCGGGCGCCAGGCGGCCGAGGCCGGCGCGCCCGAGCGCUCCGUCCUGAGCACGCUGCACGUGCUGGGCGCCUACGCCGCCAUCGACUCCCUGGCGGGCGCCUUCAGGGAGACGGGAGCCCUGGAGCUGCUGCUGACGCUGCUGCGCCACGAGGAGAAGCGGAUCCGCCGCGGCGCCGGCGAGAUGCUGCGCGCUCUGGGCGCGCGCGAUGCAGAGAGCCGGGCCUAUGUCCUGCUGUCCCUGAGCCAGCAGGAGGACAUCGAGCAGCACAUGGACUUUGACAGCCGCUGCACCUUGCUGGAGCUGUUUGCUGAGAUCACAUCCUCUGCAGAGCGCUGCAUCUCCUUCGAGGGGAUUCACCUCCCGCAGGUCCCUGGGAAGCAGCUGUUGGUCCUGGUGAAGCGCUACCUGCGUGUGACUUCUCUCCUGGACGAGCUGAGCAGCGGCGUGGAGCAGGGGGAGGAGCAGCAGGGCUGUGCUGUGCCCAGCCCCGUCCUCGAGGAGAGGAGCCGUGUGAAGCAGGAGUUUGAGUUCAGCAUGGCCAUGGCAGACCUCAUCUCGGAGCUGGUGCACACCAUGGGCUGGAGCCACGGGCACGAGGCAGAGGCGCUGCCCCGGCGGGAGCUGCGGCCUCGCCCCGCGCGCUCCAUCUUCCAGCAUGAGGCCCCGGCCGGCGCUGCUGCCGAGGCAGCCCCCGCAGCCCCGGCAAAGGAGCCCGUGACCUUCAAGACGCGUUCGGCCUUCCCGAGCCGCAGCAGCUACGUGGAGUACGUGCAGGCCACGCUGGUGAGCGGCAUGAGGGUGCGCAUGCUCGAGGACUACGAGCAGGUCAGCGCCGGCGAUGAGGGCGACUUCCGCCGCAGCAACGACGGCAUGCCACCGGUGCAGGUGUACUGGCAAGCUCUGGGCUGUACGUACUGGGUUCACUGGCACAUGGUCGAGAUCAUUGGCCCUCCAGAGCAAAAGGAGCUUGAGGGCCAGGAGAAGGUGAACACCCUGACUCGAAACCACAGACUGAGAGCAGCUCCACAGCCGUUCCUGUGCAAGCCCCUGGGGGGGCUGUACUCCCUGCCUUACCUGGGGCAGCGGCCGCCCGAGGCUGCAGAGGCGCUGAGCCGUGCUGAGUGGUGGGAGCUGCUCUUCUUUGUGAGGAAGCUGCGAGCACAGGAGCGGGAAGAGAUCACCGGGCUCAUCCAGCAGCACCAGGGAGAGCAGGUGGAGGAAGAAGCCCUGGUGCAGCUGUCGGUCCCUGCCGAGCUGGCCCGGAAGGUGCUGCGGCUCCUGGAGCAGCGGUGCCAGGGCGGCUCUCUGCGUGCCCUGCGCGGCUCCCGUGUCUACGCCAGACACGGCCCCGGUCGGGGGGCGCAGCGGGACGGUGGAGGGAGCGCGGCAGCGUCCGCAGAGGACGACGGCGGCCCCGAGGGCACGACGGCCGAGGCAGCGGAGGGAGAGCUUCGUGCGGCGCCGGGGCCGCCCCGAGCCCGCAGCGUGGCACCGGAGUCGGACGAGCAGCUGUUCAGCGACCUCUUGGAGAGGGAAGGGCUGUUCUUGCCGGAGGCGACGGAGGAGCAGAGCCGGGUGCUGGGCAGCUCCACGGGCCCGAGCGAGGGCGGCUCGCUGGACAAGGUCGCGGCCGUGCUGGACGUGAUCCAGAGCAGCGGCUCGGAGCUGGGGCUGCGCUUGGCUGGGCUGGGACACAUCCUGAGGAUCCUGGAGGAGCCCAAGCGGGAGCAGGAGCUCGGCACGGCCGAGGGCGGGCCGGGCCCCGGGAGCGCCGGGGAGAAGCUGGUGCGGGCGGCCGUGGAGCUGCUGAGCGCGGAGGCAGCGGAGAAGGCGCUGGUGGCGGUGACGCUGCGGCUGCUGGCCGUGCUGCUGGCCCGCUGCCCGUGGCGUGUGCCCUUCGCCACGGAGGGCGGC